UGUCAAACAGUCAACGACGAGCAAAAGAAAAGUAAUCAGCUCUGUGUGGUGCGAAGCGAAAUAGAAUAAAAAAAACUUACGUGAAGUGAAAAUUUCGGCCCCAAAUUUGUGUUACUAUCGUUCCUCAGGCCACGCGAAUGUCGAUCCGGGAAUUGAUUAUAUCGCAGUUCUAGCCUUACCAUCAGUACUUGUAUUAUCGCUCUACGAAAUACCCGUCAGAGCGGAUUAUGGCCUUAGCAGCUCGAAAGACACCAUCAAAAAUCUUUGACAUUCAAGCCCACAACAACAAAGUAACAUGUCUGGAUAUUGGAGUUACAGGACGAGUGCUGGUAACUGGCGGUCAGGAUCGUAAUGUAAAUUUAUGGACAUUUGGGAACAAAGAGUGUUUUAUGAGCUUGUCUGGACAUAAUGCACCAAUAGAUUGCGUUAAGUUCGCUUAUUCCGAUGAUUACGUUUACUCUGCCGAUGACACUGGUAUUAUCAAACGAUGGGAUCUGAACUCUGAUACAGAGUGCACCACAUUCUUUGGCCACAUGAAAACGGUCCGAUCUUUGGAUUUUCAUCCGUACAGUGAGUAUGUGGUGUCCGGUAGUCACGAUACCUCCAUACGUUUGUGGGACGUUCGACAAAACGUUUGUAUCAAACGAUACCGCGGCCACAUUUCGCAUGUUAAUUCGGUGAAGUUUUCCCCUGAUGGGCUAUGGAUCGCCUCAGCUGGUACUGAGGGAUGUGUUAUUAUAUGGGAUAUUCGGAUGAGCAAACAGUUUAUGGAGUUUACUGAACGAGAAUCGCCGGCGAUUUGCGUUCAGUAUCACCCAUCGGAUUUGCUGAUGGCUGCCGGAAGAAACGAUGGUACAGUUGAUUUGUACGAUUUGGAGAAGAAGCAACUUGUUUCGAGAGCAGACAAAAGUCGUUCAAAAGGGCACACGGUAAAAUGCAUUUCAUUUGAUGAGGCCGGAUCAUGCUUGUUCGUCGGCACAGCUGCCGGUGUAUCGGUGAUUGGCUGGGAACCAGAUCAAGAGUACGAUCAUGUCGAAUCAUCUUGGACGUUUCUGGGAGAUAUGACUACCGUCGGGAAAAAACUUCUUUGUGGAACAUAUGAAAACAGAAAUGUUUCAAUACAUGCCCUCAAUCUGACACAAGUGAAACCAUUUUUCAACCCUCAAAAUCAACCAUUCAAUCACCAUCAGAGCUCGAGAAAAAGUUUUACUCGUGGAAGCGGAAAAGUACGUUUAUCCAUUGGCGAACGAUCCCUCUCUGGUGAUACCAUUGAGGAAAAUAUCAACGGAGGAAUGUCUCCAAAUCUUAGUAUUGAAAUGAUAGACGAGGAAGGCCUUUCGGUAUUGGCAGAAAAGAACGCAUUUGAUUUUAGCCAUAGUAACGGAAGCAACAAAGACAGUAAUGAUCAAUACACACCAAGUCCUUCCGCAGUUCCGGCAUUUUCACCUUCUCCCGGUCCCCUAUCAAAUAGCAAUUAUCUGGUCAAAGACGAAAUGAAAAUGUACAAUAUCAGCAGUUCAACAGGGUAUUCUAGUGAUUUGGACUUUUACCCCUGUAAGAACAACCCUCCCGAUGCCGAUAAAGAGGAUUUCCCGGUAAAAAGUGCCCAACCUCCUGACUACGCACCAAAGAUGACCAGUUCCAGCACAAUAAGUUCAAGCAGCAACACCUCGACCAUAACGAAAAGCACCAUUUCAAAACAAAGGACGGAUUCAAUUAGCAACAGCUCCGGGGUGCAACAACGAAGGCCAUCUCAACCGAAUCUUGCCUCCAGCAGAAACACGUUCGGAUCCAGUAAUUUGACUAGAAAAAUAUCCACCUCUAGAAGUACUUUGGAGAUUAACAAAUUAGGACAAGAUGAACAGGUCACUUUUAAAAAACCGAUAAGCCGUGGAAGUUCUCCAAUACGGAACAACACCGCCCUUAGCAGUAAGAUACGUAAAAGUGAAAGCACAGCUCAAAUCAACAAUAUGAAAAACACCACCAAUCGGUACAGUCAUAACGCUAACGUCAAAGUUGAAAUCGUUACAAAGCCCGUCCGGUCGAAAACCUCCUUAGACAUGCGCCAAAGGAACACAAACGGAAAUGACCAUCACAACAGCAGUAGUGCCACAAUGAGCCGGGCCGGUAUAAUUCAUCACAGCAACUCGGGAGGUCAUAGUUUAACGCAUAUUGGGAUUCACGAUUCCGGCGGUGGAGUCGUUGGAAGAGAUUCGAUUUUGAUGCCACCUCCACCAAUUCCACCCCCUUCGUCAAUCAACUCUGCGCCCCAUCACAUCCCGCUUAUCAGAUAUCCAUCGACGCAUGACGGUGGAGGCUCGGGUAUGACCUCCAGUGAAGAGUAUGAAAUUCAAUUGUUGAUGAACGAACACGAUAGUGUCUUCCAAGCUCUCUGCAAUCGUACUGCCCUCCUAUCGGCAAUUCGAAAUUAUACGCAAUCGGGAGAUGUGAACACCGCAUUGAAGGUAGCUGUGCGGAUGAACGAUCACCCUAUUCUGGUUGAUUUGUUGGGAGCGAUUCUGGAGAAAAGCUCACACUUCACGCUGGAUAUGUGCGUGUUGCUUCUUCCGAAAAUCUAUGAUCUUCUGCAAAGUGAUUUAAAAUUCCAUUGUACCCGUGCCUGCGAUACAUUAAGAGUGGUUCUGACAACUUUCCUGCCAGUGAUUCGCGAAAACACUGAUCCGUGGGGUGCCUGCACUAUCGGCGUGGACGUUAGUCGUGAAGAACGUGUCAGCAAAUGUAUGGAGUGCAAAACGUGGCUUCUAAGGAUAAGGGCACUCCCAGAAAAUCCAAAAAUCGGCACCAAUCUGCAGCAGCUGCAAAACAUGAUGGUCGACCUAUGAAGCAUGAUGUGGCGAGAGGUGAGCGACAAGUCUUUUUUCGCGAUUGUGUGAUUUUAAAUUUAUUAAUGCCUGUAAUGGCCGACUCAAUCGUGAUUUCCUGUUUUGCGAAGAAAAAACGAACUUAUUCUUUAGACAAUAUACGGAGAAUGACGAGUUCACUGAUAAUUACAAAGAAUCACUGCUAACGUCACUAAUUUAUUUGCAAGCAACACAACAGCAUAGUUUACAAAACUGAAUAAUUUAACAAUUUUAACUUUUUUGUUUUUAUCCAUGAGGUAAGCGUAAUUUUUAAAUUAACAAAAAUGCAUUAAAGAAAAAUACAUUUACGUCGAUACAGAUUAAUAAUAA